AUCGUUAUUACCUGGUAAUAUUCAUCAGAAGCGAGGGGAAAUAAAAGAAAGUGAAGACUGUAUACGUACACUUCUAGCAAAGGAGGAUCUAACUAUGGAGGACAAAAAAGAAACUUCUCCUGAUAUGCUUCUUCAACCAUGGCAUGAAAUGGACGAUUAUGAAUGGAACGAGACGGUGAUAUAUCGGAUUUUCAGAGAAGAAACUUCUCCUGAUAUGCUUCUUCAACCAUGGCAUGAAAUGGACGAUUAUGAAUGGAACGAGACGUCACUGGAACGAUUGCAGACAGAAAUUGAAGAAUACACGCCCUUGGCAGAACUCGAGGGUAGUCCGGAGAAAAUUCCAUUCGUCAAUGUAUUGCUGAUGGGGCGCAUCUCCUCCGGAAAAUCCAGCUUCUUCAAUACCGUUGAAUCUGUGAUCAAAGGGAGACUAUCGAUUAGAUCACGUGCCGGUUGUGCUACAUCCAGUUUAACAAAAUCACUCGACGUUUACAAAGUGAAGGGAAGAAGAACAUUCCGACAUCUGCGAUUUAGAAUGAUAGAUUGCCGCGGUUUAGAAGAGGACCAGAGCAUUAACUCACGUGAUGUGGAGGCCAUUCUGGACGGUCACGUAAUGGACGGAUACGUGUUUAAUCAAGGUACACCUAUCAAUAAAGACAAUUCCAAGUUCAGGAAAGACCCCAGUAUUGGUGACCGCGUACACUGUGUGCUAUUCGUGGUGGACGGGUCCAACCCACCCGAGAUAACCAUGUCUCAGAAUGUCGAAAAACAAGUGAAAGAACUCCAGGAACUAAUGAAUGGAAGAAAAAUUCCUCAGUUGAUCCUCCUCACCAAACUCGACACGAUGGUCACUGUAAAGGAAGACUUAUCUAAAGUUUUUCACAGUAGAAGUGUUUUGGAGAUGCGGGACAAGGUCGCCAUGUCGUUUGGUUUGCCAUCUUACACUGUACUUCCCAUGCAAAAUCUCGCCAAUUCUCGGACUGUAUCCACAGAGAUUAAGAUGUUAACGUUAUACAACAUACGUCAGAUCCUCCGAGCUGCAGACGACUAUCUAGAAAAUUUCGAAGACGAAAUAUUGGCGGAUACAUACAUGGGAGCUCAGGUUAAAACCCACUGAAGUUAACUCCUGGUGUCAAAUUACCCGAAGAACUGUGCAGUAUUUACAGAAACAAAUACUAAUCUAUUUAGGUUGUUCAACUGUGCUUCUGUUGAUUAAUGUUGAUGAUAUUAAUUACGUGUAUAAUGUGAAAGUUGUGUAAUAUCAAUCAGCGGUAUACAAACAUUAUAGAUAUACACAUGUACACGUGCCUUCUGCUUUACAUCGUUCUUGCAGAGUUUGAUAGAUAUGUAAUAGACAAGUAAUAUACUUUAGCCUUUUGAAUGUUUUGAAGAGUGCUAACGAUUGGAUGAAUAAACAUGCCUUCAUAU